AUGCACGUGAUAGUGCUGAAGUACGUGCAAGUGCUGUGCAUAACCAUAUUCUUCUCGAACAACAUCAACUGCGACAAGUUGCUGCUGCACAACGAAUUCGAAGACCAGGAACUGUAUCGGAUCGCGGCGUGCACCGCAGCCUGCAUGGCUGCAGCGGAUGGUGGUCCUGAACAGGGCGGAACCAAAGUACCGGAUGCACCGGAACUCAAGAGCAUCAAGCAGUGUUACAUGCUGUGCUCGGAGGACACCCGACCACUGUCCGCCUGGAGGCCUCUAACGCAACGGCACGAUCCAUCGUUACGCAUUAACCUCAUCUGUCGCGACAGUUCCAAUCUGAUCAUCGAGAUAAAGCCGGAAGACACCGGCAAAAGUCUGCAUCAGCCGGCCGGACUCGAUGCGGAUGUCGAGCCCGUGAUGGAGUGGAAUCCGCCCAAGGGAAAUCAGCACCAAUCGAGCGCGCUGCUCCACGAAACGGCACCGGUCGACCUGACCGACCCGGCUACGAUUGAUUCGGUGAAAGGCGAUGCAUUCCUGCAACCGGUGAUGAACCGACGCAAGCGUGCCAUCGGUCCUGAUAGGCCGCUUGCCACUGCCGGUUUGCUGAAUGAGGCGCAGAAGGUUUCCGUCGCUUCCAGGACGAAUUUGUUGCCGGAUGUUGUGUCAGGAAAAUAUGAUGCACCGCCUCAGACGGCAUAUGCCCCACCGGUGGACGACCGUGCGGAUGCUGCGGUCAAGAUUCGGAACCCUGAAGCCAACCAUCCGGCCCGCCAACCGAUCUAUCUGGUGAAGGUACAACAGAGCGAUCAGCAGCUCGGCGACCGAAUCGUCUAUAUGAGCAAUGCAUCGCUGGUCAAGAUUGAAAACCUAGCACCCAACAAGCAGUACAAUGUAACGGCCACCAUGCUAACCUCUGAAUACGAGUACUAUUAUGUGACGAAACAGCAGUUACGGACGUUACCGGUCGGCUACAUACCCGGAACCAUCAAGGAAGUGAUGGUGGAACGAUUCGAGACCAAUGCAAAGGAUAUCCGGCUGACCGAUGUGGUCAUCUCGUGGAAGCCUGCGGAAGAUAAAACGUGUCAUUACGAAAUCCUGUGUCAUGCCAGCCAAUCGCCCGAUUUCAGCCAAAAGCCUAUCGACGUACAGCAGCCAGAGGUUCUCUACAAGUACACCAUUAGAGCGCUUAAGCUCAACGCCAUUUACAUGCUCGCGAUUAGGUCGAAAAACACACAGAUCGCAGAACGGGAAAGUGAAUUGCUUUGGCAACCAUUUCUGACGCCUAGCUGCUCCAAUCUUACAAACGGUUCUCAAUUGUGUGCGCCGAAACCGAUAACGAAUAUUCGCGUUGUUCAAAUACCCCUGUAUGGAAACCACUAUCAGCUUAACAUCACAUGGGAUCGUCCUGUUGUAGCACCUGAUUCGUAUACGGUUAACGUGUACGACCUGCAUAACACAGAAACUGGUGAUCCAGCUAAUUCUUUCGUGAAAAAUCUUACCGGGGAUUCGAUCGGACUUUUCGUCGACUCAUUUGAAAUGUUCGGUGCACACUUCGAGGUACUUAUAUCGGCACAUUCUAGUAUUGGCGUGUCUUCGGACAGGGCCGUAAAACCUAGACAAAUACCACGUGCUAGCUCGGAGUCAUGGAUACGCACUAAACUGGUUUUCAUCAUCCUAACUCCGGUAUUGAUGAUAGGCCUGCUCAAGAUAAGCAUUUCGCUCAUAUGUCGCAGAAGAGCCAGGCUUAAACGGUACGAGGAACGAUGCGAGUACUUCAAGGAACUGGAACAAAAAGCUCCAGUUGAUCCAACAACAGAGUUUGAAUCGAGCACGAAGCAUAUCGAGGAACUGUUAGGAUCAAACUCUUUCUCUCCAGAUUUGAUUGCACCCAUUAAUGACGAACUGGAAAUAGAUUCGGAGCACAUUAUGUUGCACGAUAUGCUGGGCGAGGGAGCAUUUGGUUUGGUUCGGAAAGGCGUACUUCACCGAGAGGCACCUGACGCAACUCCAACGCCAGUGGCUGUUAAAAUGUUGAAAGAAUGUCCCCGUGUGGAAGACAUAAUUGAAUUCCGGCGCGAGAUGGAAGUGAUGAAGUCCGUUGGUACACAUCCACAUAUCGUAAGCAUCGUCGGACACUGUACCAAAAACAUACGUAAAAUGAUGCUUCUCACCGAGUAUUGUGGCCGUGGCAAUUUGCUCAACUAUCUACGGUUGCAAUGGCAACGGAUACUGAAGCAAAAUCGCAACACAACAAUGAUCACAGCCUUUGGGACGUUAGGUUCGCCAACAGCCGGUGCGGAAUCGGUCGCUUCUCUGUCGAAUGCUGUUGAACAAGAGUGCUUGACGCCUUCGCUGGACAACAAGAAGAUGCCCGAAAACGUGUUCAACUUCGACACGUCGUUUGUGAACGAUAAGAAAUCUUUGACGUACAAAAAUAUCUCCGACAACCGGCAGACUCCUGUUGAUGAGGGCGAUACAAGCGAUGGCAAACGGAGACCACCGCAGAUUAUCGAAAACAAGCUGUAUCCACUAUUCUUCGACGAAGGCGCGAGUGAGGAGUGUUUAGAUAUGCCGGUGAAGAAGGUGUCCUUUUGUACUAGCGCAUGUAAAAACACGGUAGAAAUAGUCGACACCCAGCGGUGCGAGUCCACGAUAGACGACCGUGGUAACGAGGAUUUGGAGACAACCAAGGGAAGCGUCAGAAUUAAUCCUUGUAGUUGCAAGGUUUCGGUCUACGAUUCGGCAUCAACGCAUAAUAGUGUCGAGAAUCGGUGCUAUCGCAGUUGUUCACCAACGGUGGAUACCUUUAAAGAAGAUGACUCGUUACCUAACAGUAGCCAGUUGUUGCAGUUUUCGCGUCAGAUAGCUCUUGGAAUGGAAUUUCUUGCUCGUAACAAAGUCGUGCAUCGAGAUUUGGCUGCCCGAAACGUCCUGGUAUGCAAUAACGAUACAGUUAAAAUAGCCGAUUUCGGACUGAGUCGAGAUAUUUAUCAGGAAAAUUUGUACCGGAAAACGAGCAACGGCAAGCUACCGAUAAAAUGGUUAGCCCUAGAAUCGAUGACACACCAGGUGUACACGUCCCAGAGCGACGUUUGGUCGUACGGAAUUCUAUUGUACGAAAUCUGUACCCUCGGUAGCAGUCCGUAUCCGUCAAUAUCCACCAACAAGCUACUGCGAUAUCUCGAAAGCGGUUACCGGAUGGAACGGCCGAAAAGCUGCAGCGAGCAACUAUAUGAUUUAAUGUAUUCAUGUUGGAAUCUCCAUCCUGGUGAGCGGCCAACGUUCAGCAAAAUCGUUUACACGGUCGAGAUGCUCCAGGAGAAGGAUAUCGCGAAGGAUCCGGUCAUUAUUGAUCUGAACGCGAUUGUCGAUAGCAAUUAUACAAAAAAUUCUACAGAAGAAAAUUCUUACUUAAAGCCUAUCGAGUAUUAGAUCUGAAAUGACAUCAGCUGGGAAGCAACGAAAACCAUAAAGACAACGAAAUGGAAGCUUUCAUUCGUGGUCUACGGGAUCCACAAGUGACGACCAAUGUGACAAUUUAUACAUACAUUCGCUACGGUGUGCCCAG